CCGGAUUUCUGAAUUUUCUGGUUUUCUGAAGAUAGUCUUACAAUACAAAAAAAUAAACUAUGAAAAAUAUAGAUAUAAAUUGUAUUUUACAUAUUUAAAAAUUUAUACACAUCUGAAGCAAGUCACAGUCGAAGGAUUUCAUCAUGAACGCCAGCAUGUUUGGUGAGAAGAGAAAGCCAAUUGGUGCCAUAGCGCUCGGAUCCUAUAGGGACCAACACUUCAAGGGUAGUCGGUUCGAGCAGGAGCAGGCGUUAUUGACCAGUACCACCUUGUAUAUCGGUAACCUGUCUUUCUACACCACUGAAGAACAGAUCCACGAACUCUUCAGUCGAUGUGGAGACGUGAAACGAAUUGUGAUGGGUUUGGAUAAAGGUUCAAGGACGCCGUGUGGGUUUUGCUUUGUCGAAUACUAUGAGCGUCCUGAUGCUGAGAAUGCAAUGAAGUAUGUCAAUGGCACGAGACUGGACGACCGCAUCAUCCGUACCGACUGGGAUGCUGGCUUCCGAGAAGGACGGCAGUAUGGCCGAGGAAAGUCCGGCGGUCAGGUGCGAGAUGAAUACAGGACCGAUUACGAUGAAGGCAGAGGAGGUUACGGUAAAAUCAUUGUUGGCAAAAUGAAACCCAGAAAUGACAUAUAGCUGGACAUAUUUGAACAACCUUCACCAUCUACUCCACCACCACCAUCAUCAUUCAUCAUCAUCAUCGUCGUCGUCAUCGUCAUUAUCAUCACCACCACCUCCAUCAUCAUCAUCAUCAUUAUUACCAUCAACAGCACUAUCGUUCCCUUUACUAAUUAUAUUUUAUUUUAUAAGUUGGAAAAUUGAAAGGAGAAACUGCUAUAAAAGCAAGGAUUGGAAACCAGCAUAUUUUGGUGUCCAGUGUUCAAAUCUUGCCACGGUCGACUUUGCCUUUCAUCCUUUUGAGGGUUGAUAAAAUAAAGUACCAGUCGAGUACUGGGAUCAGUUUUAUUGGUCGGUUAUAGCUCUUCUCCUCAAAACAAUCUAUAUUCUUGUGGCCAGUUUAGCAAUUAGUAUCGAAGAUUGUGGAUUGGCAGAAUUGUUAGGGGUGUCAGACAAAUGCCUUGUGGUAUUUGCUCCAGUUCCCUACAUUCUGAGUUCAAAUCCUGCCUGGGUCAACUUUGCCUUUCAUUCUUUCAAAGCUGAUAGAAUAGCGUACCAGUUUUGUACAGGGGGUUGAUUUACUCAACUGUACUCAUACCACCCAAAUUCAGGCCUCGUACCUGUAUCAGAAACCAUUCCAGCUCUUUUGGUUCUUGGUUCAAACCCCACUGAAGGCCAACUUUGACUUUCACCCUGUUGGGGUUGGUAAAAUAAGUGCCAGUCAAGUCCUGGGGUUGAUGAAAUCAGCAAGCCUUUGCCUACCCCUUAUUUUCAAGCCUUGUUCCUAUAGAAGAAAGUAUUAUUACUUUUAUUAUUAAGGUAGCAAGCUGGCAGAAUCGUUAGCACACCGGGUGAAAUGCUUAACGGUAUUUCAUCUGCUUUUAUGUUCUGAGUUCAAAUUCCGCUGAGGUCGACUUUGCCUUUCAUCCUUUCGGGGUCGAUCGAAUAAGUACCAGUGACAUACUGGGGCUGAUGUAAUUGACUUAAUCCCACCCCCAGCUUUGCUGGCCUUGUGCCAAAAUUUGGAACCAAAGGCAGCAAACUGGCAGAAUCAUUAGCACACCGGGCGAAAUGCUUGUUGGUAUUUUGUCAGUCUUAAUGUUCUGAGUUCAAAUUCUGCCAAGGUUGACUUUGCUUUUCAUCCUUUCAGGGUUGAUAAAAUAAGUACCAGUUGUGUACUGGGGUUGAUGUAAUCAACUUCCUCUCCUGAUAUUUCAGGUCUUGUGCAUUUAGUAGAAAGAAUUAUUAUCAUCAUCAUCAUCAUCAUCAUUAAGCAGAGUCGUUAGUACGCUGGACAAAAUUCUUACCUGUAUUUCGUCUGUCUUUAUGUUCUGAGUUCAAAUUCCGCCGAGGUCGACUUUGUCUUUCUUCUUUUUGGGGUUAAUGAAAUAAGUACCAAUGAAAUACUGGGGUCAACGUAAUCAACUAGUCCCCUACCCACCAAAUUUCUGGCCUUGUGUCUUUAGUAGAAAGGAUUGUUGUUGUUAUUAAGGUGGCAAGCCAGCAAAACUGUUAGCAUGUCUUUACGUUUUGUGUUCAAAUUCCACUAAAGUCAACUUCGCCUUUCAUCCUUUCAGGGUUGAUAAAUUAAGUACCAGUGAAACACUGGGGUCGAUGUAAUCGACUAGUCCCCUCUCCUCAAAUUUGAGGCCUUGUGCCUAUAGUAAAAUGGAUUAUUAUUAUUUUAUGGCAGUGACUUGGCAAAACUGUUAAAACAUUGGCCAAAAUGUUCAGCAGCAUUCUUCCUAUUCUAGGGUCAAAUUGUGCCAAGGUCAACUUGACCCAUCAUCAGUUGAGCACUGGGGAGGGGGGGUUUGAUGUUAUCGGCUGCCCCUCCCUUCAAAAUUUCCGGCUUUUUGCCAAAUGUAGAAAGAAUUAUGGUUAUUCUUGUUACUCUCGCUAGAUUGGCAAAUCGGACAGAAAAUGCUAGAAGAGCAAGAUGGAAAGUGUUGAAAUGUCCAGUUUCAAUUCUUAUGUUUUGAGUUCAAUUCCCAGAGGACCCAAUAAAAUAUAACCAGUUAUAUGCUGUGUUUGAUUCAGUUGAUUACUUGUCUCUCAUCAUCUCUUUCUACUCAUUUUAAUUAAAAGGAAUAAAGAUUACUGUUCCUUGUAGCUUAUUUAAGAGUAAGGAUUAUGUCUGACAUCGAAAUUUUAAUUUUCUUUUUUACAUAUGUGGUCUGGUUGUGUGGUUAAGAAGCUUGCUUCCCAAUCACAUCGUUCCAGGUUCAGUCCCACUAUCUGGCACCUUGGACAAGUGUUUUCUACUAUAGCACCAUGCCAAUCCAAACUUUGUAAGCUAAUGUAUUAGACAGAAACUGAAGCAUGGUCUUUGUGUGUGUGUGUGUGUGUGUGUGUGUGAAACCUUUAAUCUCUACACAUUUAUUCAUUCUCUAUUUAUUUCCUCUCGUUCCUUUCUGCCAAAGACCAUAAGCUUGAAACCUGAAAGACUUUUACAUUCUUCCCGAGCCUCAAACUAAUACACCUGCUUGUCGUUCCCA